AUGCAAGGGUCCGAGCAGGAGGAGGGAGGGCCCCAAGGUACUGGGGCGGAUGUCUCAGGAGGCGGCAUACGGGUGGCAACCAUUGACAACUAUCAGGGAGAGGAGAACGACAUCAUGAUCUUGAGCCUGAAUCGAGUCAACGUGCUCCUGUCCCGCGCCAAGCACGGCAUGUACCUGAUCGGCAACAAACACACACUCAUGCACGAUGAUCGCAUGUGGACUAGGGUGAUAGAGCUCUUGUCAAGCAGAGGUUGCGUGGGAGACGGGAUUCCUAUUGUCUGUCAGAAACACCCGCAAGACAUGCGGCUCUGCAAGCAGCCCCAGGACUUCCUCCAGCUCGCACGAGAUGGCGGCUGCUCGCGGCUCUGCGAAGCUCUGCUGGACUGUGGGCACGUGUGCCCUCGGUCGUGCCAUCCUGGCGGACAUCAAGGGUUUCAGUGCCGCCAGCCUUGCUCGAGGAGGCCACGAGGGUGUCAGUUCCAGCACAGCUGCAAGAAGCUCUGCUUCCAAGAUUGCGGCAAGUGCUCGGAGGUGAUAAAGGACGUGUUGCUGCAUUGCGGUCACUCCAACUCCAUCCGGUGCUGGCAGACGGCCAAUCCGACGCGGCAGUACUGCAAGGAGGAGAGGCUGUCCAACCUCUGCGGCCACGUGUGCGGUGCUCCUUGCCAUGCCUUCUACGGCUCGAGAUGCGGAGAGGCGAAGUGCGAGGAGGAGUGCUCUCUCGCAUGCGCGCACUCCAAGUGCCGCAAGCCGUGCGGGGUCAUGUGCAAGCCGUGCAUGGAGCCCUGUGACUGGGCGUGCAAGCACGUGAAGCGAUGCUCCCUGCUCUGCUUCGCUCCCUGCGAUCGUCUGCCUUGCAACAAGAGGUGCGACAAGAACCUUGGCUGCGGUCACCCCUGCCCCAGCGUGUGCGGGGAGCCCUGCGAGCCCUACCAAAGCUUCUGCCGCCUGUGCGACCAGACUGGAGACGUCGGGAGGCUGCAGGUUGACCUCUUCACCUCCUCCAGCUUGAAGGACGCGAACCUCGAGGCGGACCCCCUCAUCUUGUUCCCCUGCCAGCAGCACGUCCUGCAGAUCAGCUCGGCGGACGCGCACAUGGAGCUGCACAAGGUCUACUCCGAGGAUGCCGAGGGAAAUUUCGUCGGG